ACGAACUGUCACCCCGACGUGCGGAUGCUUGGAAUGUGCUGCUGGCAGCCCGGGGCACUGGGGAUCCUCCAGGGGUGCCGGGAACCCAUAAGGUUGAGGUUGAUGGUCCUCUGGUCAACAGCAUUCUGGGAAGAAGAUGGCUCAGCCAGCACCCCUGAACCAGAACCUCCCAGAUCUUGGGGGCCCGUUCUUGUACCGGGACCAGGACGAUGGAGAGAAGAGCUCGUAUUCUGUGGAAACCCCUUAUGGCUUCCUGCUGGAUCUUGAUUUCCUGAAAUAUGUUGAUGAUAUUGAAAGUGGCCAAACACUCAAGAAAGUGCCACUGCCUCGCAGGGUGAAAGGGUCCCGUCCACCACCCAGCACCCUGCGCAGCCCCAGCAGCCACACCAGCGCCUGGACCUCCACCGAGUCCCUCACCUCCAUGGCCAGCGAGGAGGGCAGGACUGCACUGCUGCUGUCCCAGCACAGCCGAGCACCCCUGGAGCCUGCGAGCAAGCCAACCUCCCACACCAUCUCGCUGCCACCAGUACGGCUGCUCCCACCUCCCACCCACAAGUGCCUUGUGCCAAACCCACGCGUGGAGAAAACCUUGCUGGAGACAAGCAGGAGGCUGGAGCAGGAGCAGGGCCGUUUGCAGGAUAUUGGUGCUCCCUCCCACAGUGGCCAGCCACCCCACUGGGUACCAGUGGGCACCGAGGGCCAGGGGGGCUGGGGUCGGGUGAGCCCUGGCAGCUCGGGACACAGCACUCCGGCUGCGGGGCUCAGCACGGCCCCGCUGCAGCACGUGCGAGAGCAGAUGGCUGCAGCCCUGCGGCAGCUCCGGGACCUAGAGGAGCAGGUGAAAACCAUCCCACUCCUGGAGAUGCAGAUCUGCGAGUUGAAGAGGGAGAAGGCAAAGUUGCUGGAGAAGCUGUCGGCAGAGCCUGGUGAGGCAUUGUGUCACCCCUCUGGCUCUGAGGCAGGGGCAGGGGGUGAGGAAGCACCCCGCACAGGGCCAGAGAGUGAAGCAGAGCCGGUGAGGGGGCGAACGAGCAAAAUUGCAGAGCUGAGGAAGCUGACAGAGAAGCUGGCUGUGCCAGAGCGGAACAUCAGGGCUUGGCCAGGCAAGAGCCCCAGGGUGGCUGAGAGGCCUUGCUGCUCUGUGGCAGUGGGUGAGGAUCGGGCCAUGACAGAUGCCGUCUUCUACUACCGGUCACAGCAGGAGAGCAGGGACACGGCAGACAGCGGCACAGGGGGACGCAAGGAUGUGGCUGUCUGGGUGCUGGAGUCCUCGCUGGGGUUGGCCACUGAGACGGAGCGGGAGCUGGAGCUUCUGCAGCAGACGGUGGGGCACCAGAAGGAGGUGAUCACCCUGAUGGAGGGGCACCUGCAGGAGGCCACACGGGAGCUGGAAGAGCUGCGGCUGGAGGUGUGUGCCCGCCGGCCUCGUGGGCAGGUGGACAAGGAGGUGAUGGCCAAGCCACAGAUGGCUGAGGCACUGGUGGAGGCUGUGGUAGUGACACAGAGCCAGGCAGCUGGUGACCCCCCAGAGACGGCAGAGGCAGGUGUGGAGUGCUGCCCCCCGACCUCCUGCGUCGCCGUGGGCUGCCACCCUGAUGGGCGGGACGUGGCAGUUGGACCCGACUCAGCUGCCAGCUGUGACGACAAGGGCAGCCAGACAGAUGUGGAUGUGGCAGGAGAAGAGAAGGAAGGAGAAGAGAAGGAUCCUGGUGUGGGCAAGGUGAUGGAGCCUGGCCUGGGUGAUGGCCUGAGUAGCUCAUCAGCACUGGGCACAGGAGCAGCGGGGAGGAUGUGCCCAGACAGCCAAGCCCCUGGGCCGGCUGUGCUGGAGACAAUACACAGCAACCAGGACGCAUUCCCAGGACAGGAAAGUGGAGCUGCCCAAAUCCCUGCAGCAGGAGCCCUGAAGUCCAUCAUGAAAAAGCGGGAUGGUCCUCCCCAGAGCAAGGCAGAGGGCAGCAAGAAGAGCCUGCAGUUUGUGGGCGUGCUGAAUGGGGAGUAUGAGAGCACAUCCAGUGAGGAGGAAGAAGGCAACAGCUCCUCUGAGAAGGCUUCAGCCGACAGCUCCAACAGUUCAGAGCAGGGAGAGACCGAAACCUCAGAGGAGGAGGCUGGGGAAGACACGUGUGAGCCCAGACUGGAGUGCAAGGAGAGUGAUGUGACCCUGCUGGAGCCCCCCGAAGUGAAGGAAAAGUUUGAGCUGAGCCCCAGGAUGAGGGAGGCCUGCCUCAUUGUCAAGACCCACCUGGGCCACCCUGGUGCUGCCAAGAGUAAAGAGGUGCUCACCAGCAGCAGCCUGAUCCUUCAGGAGUGGUUCCGUCUGUCCAGCCAAAAGUCGUCCAUCCCUGACACAGUUGCCAACCACCUCCUGGCCUUUGCUGAGGUCUCACCAGCUCUCCUGGCCCAUGUGGUGAACCUGGCAGAUGGGAAUGGCAACACAGCCCUGCACUACAGUGUCUCCCACUCCAACUUCCACAUCGUGUGGCUGCUGCUGGAUACAGGGAUCUGUAAUGUGGACCACCAGAACAAAGCUGGAUACACUGCCCUCAUGCUGGCAGCACUGGCAGCUGUUGAGCAGGAGGAGGACAUGAAUGUGGUCAGGAGGCUCUUCAGCAUGGGCAACGUCAACGCCAAGGCCAGCCAGGCUGGCCAGACAGCACUGAUGUUGGCUGUCAGCCAUGGCCGGCAGGAGAUGGUGGAAGCCCUACUCGCCUGCGGUGCUGACGUGAACCUGCAGGACGAGGAGGGCUCGACCGCGCUGAUGUGCGCCUGUGAGCACGGCCGCGUGGAGACCGUGAAGCUGCUGCUGGCUCAGCCCACCUGCAACAUCUCCAUCGUGGACAGUGAUGGCAACAAUGCUGUUGCCAUUGCACUGGAGGCUGGUCACAGUGACAUCGCUGCACUCCUCUACGCCCAUCUCAAUGGCACAAAGGCGCAGGCACCCGUGAGUACCACACCGCUCCCUGUGAGAGGAGAAAGGGCUGUGACACAGAUGAGUGUCUCCAGGAAGAAGCUGCAGGAGCAAAAGCAGAGCAUUUCAGGUGCCACAUGCUCAGAACAGCCCUGCUGGCCCUGACCAGGAGUCACUGGAGGGGUCUCUGGUGACUACUGUAUUGCAGCAGGAGACUUCACCGACAGCCACAAAGAGCCCUGGCAGUACAAAGAAACCAAAUUAGAGUGCCCUUGGGAUCCAGCCAGGAGCAGCCAUCGGCACUGGCCUGUGAUUCACAUCCCCUCACCUGCCACUCUUCUGUGCCGAACCACUCUGCAGCUUUAGUCCCAACACAAGCACCAUCCCUGGGCCUCCCAUGCCCUUCUCCUCCACUGGAUGCAGCCCACACGUGGCCACCUCACCGCCAAGUGACUGGAGCCGUUACCUAAGGGCAGGAGACACAGGGAGCAGAAGCCACCCUACCCCUUCUGCUCCCUGCCAUGACCACCAGAGCUGCACCAUCUCUGAGCCCUCAGCAAGGAGGAACAGCAGAGAACCAACUCAGCAGAAACGGCACCUGGUUUGUGUUCUCUGGCAGUUCCAAGGCGGCAGCAGUGCCAGUGAUGGAGCCAGGAGAGCAAGUGGUGAGUCCUGGCCUCAGCAGGGACAUGGUGCUCAGCAGGCACACAUCCUGUGCAGCAACGGGAGAGGGAAUGCUGCCUUGGACAGGGGCUGUUUCCAGACUCAAAUACUUGCCCUUCUUUUCUAGCAUUUCCUUUCUUGGCUGAAAUCUGUUUUGUUUUGGUUUUUUUUCUCUUUUCUAGCACAUACACUCAAAGCAAAAAAAAUUAUAUUGCUUGGCCAAAUGAUGAAGUUCAGCAUGAACUUGGGAUUUGAUUUGCUCUGCUCAAUGGGAGCAAAACCUCUGAGCAGUUGGGGUCGCAGCCAAGUGGCAAAAAGAGCUUAGGGCCAAGGAUGCAUCUGGGGACUAAGCCUGCCUACCUGAUAAUUCACAAGGGGAGCAGGUCCUUCUCCCAAGGGAGAGAGACCAAUUACAUCCUAAACAUUUCCCCAAUUAGCCAGUCCCACAGAUUGUGCAGACAUCUGUGAGCCCACAGCUGAGUCCCUCUCUGACCACUUUCCAUCCCAAAAGGGAGGAAAGUAGCUGAGGACAGCACCAGGAAAAACACAUGGGCCAGAAGAGCUCAGAGCACACAGGUUGCGUCUGCAAAGGGGAACACGUAUGUCAGAGAACAUGUCUGUGCAAGUGUGUGAGCACUGUCUGGGGUGGGAACAGGGUAAGGACAAGGACCAGGAGGAAAAAGGUUUUUGCGUGGGAUGGCAGCUCUGCUCUGAGCCUUCACAAAGGUAACGUGUUAUGCCCCUCAUUCCUUCCCCUUGGCCCAGCCUCACCACUUCUGCCCCUGCCUGACCUGCUCUGAGCUGAGGAACCCCACAAUCCUCCCCAGAAACUUGCUUUCAGCUUUGCACUGGAGUUAAUAUACAGCGCUCACUGCCAUUCCCUAAUACACUAUUCUGUUUACUGGUAUUUUAAUACUGAUGUUUAUUUUUAAGAUAUAAAGUUAUUUUGAAAUAUUAACAGUGAUAUCUGCAGUCUUCUGCCUUGUCUGGUUCACAACAAACCCUGCAAGAAGAGCUGGGGCAGAGGCACAGCCCCCAACCUAAGCAGGUGACCCCACAUUCCAAGUCAUUCACUGCAAGUUUAUGCACUGGCUAUAUCCCUCAGUCUGGCUUUCUUCCUGCUGAAGUGUGCCAGGCAGCUGCAGCGGUGUCUUUUCCCCUUUCAUUCUACAGGACCAAGAGGAACAUAGGACCAGCUGCAGCCCUGCACUGCCCCUGGUUCUCUGUGGUGCUGAUGUUACAGUGCAUCAUUAAACAGCAAUCAUCAGACCAAG